GGCGGAGAGAGAAGGAGGAGGACUACGGAUGUCACUGGACAGGACUGCGGGGAGAGCAGAGACUGGAGGGCUGAGUCUUCCUCCUCGGGUGGGCCGGUGGGAGGAGGUGGUGAACUGUGUUCGGGCAGCUUGAAUCCACCGGGGUGGAGGUGGACGGGGGUGCUGGAGCUCGGCCCGGUUGUUGCUGCUGCUGCUGUUAAUCUGAGACAACAUGGAGCUGGAGAACAUCGUGGCCAACACGGUGCUACUGAAAGCCCGGGAAGGGGGCUGUGGAAACAGGAAAGGCAAGAGUAAGAAAUGGAAGCAGAUGCUGCAUUUCCCCCACAUUAGUUUGUGCGAAGAGCUGCGACAAUCCACUGAGAAAGACUACAGCAGCCUUUGCGAGCGCCAACCCAUCGGACGCUUACUCUUCCGGCAGUUUUGUGAGACUCGACCCGAGCUGAGGCGCUGCGUCAAGUUUCUGGACGCCGCGGCCGAGUACGAGGUGACGCCAGAUGAGAAGAGGAAGCAGUGUGGGGAAGAACUAAUUGACGUAUUCUUCAAUCCAAAGAGCGAGGACCACUUGCCGGAGGUGGAGGAGACCAUGAGGGCUCAGUGCGCCGAGCGGCUGCAGCAAGAAGCAUGCAAAGAGCUCUUCAAGGACUGUACCAAAUUGAUCCACGACUUCCUGAGUGUGGCGCCCUUUGCGGACUACCUCGACAGCAUGUACUACAAUAGGUUCCUCCAGUGGAAAUGGCUGGAGAGGCAACCAGUAACAAAGAAUACAUUCAGACAGUACAGAGUUUUAGGGAAAGGGGGAUUUGGAGAGGUGUGUGCGUGUCAGGUACGUGCCACGGGGAAAAUGUACGCCUGUAAGAAGCUGGAGAAAAAGAGGAUCAAGAAGCGUAAAGGAGAGUCCAUGGCGCUCAACGAGAAGCAGAUUCUGGAGAAAGUCAACAGCAGAUUUGUUGUAAGCUUAGCGUAUGCAUACGAGACCAAAGACACUCUUUGUCUCGUGUUGACACUCAUGAACGGAGGUGACCUCAAGUUUCACAUCUAUCACAUGGGCGAGGCAGGUUUCGAUGAGAAGAGGGCAGUUUUCUAUUCAGCUGAGAUCUGCUGUGGCCUGGAAGACCUGCACAGGGAACACAUCGUCUACAGAGAUCUCAAACCAGAAAACAUCCUGCUGGACGACUAUGGACACAUCAGGAUAUCAGACCUGGGUCUAGCCGUACACGUACCAGAGGGCCAGACCAUCAAGGGCCGGGUGGGAACGGUCGGAUACAUGGCUCCGGAAGUGGUGAAGAAUGAAUCUUACACCUUCAGCCCCGACUGGUGGGCGCUGGGCUGCCUUCUCUACGAGAUGAUCGAGGGUCAGUCGCCCUUCCAGCAGAGGAAGAAGAAGAUCAAGCGUGAGGAAGUGGAGCGGCUGGUGAAGGAGGUGGAGGAAGAAUAUUCCAGCAAGUUCUCAGAGGAGGCCAAGUCCCUCUGUAAAGCGCUGUUAGCUAAAGACCCCAGAGUAAGAGUGGGCUGCCAGGGAGGCGGAGCUUCAGAAGUCAAAGCACAUCCCAUCUUUCACUCCAUUAAUUUCAACAGGCUGGAAGCAGGAAUGUUGCAAGCACCAUUCAUUCCUGAUCCACAGGCCAUUUACUGCAAAGACGUGCUGGACAUCGAGCAAUUCUCCACCGUGAAAGGUGUGGAGCUAGAGCCGAAAGAUGAGUCUUUCUAUAGCAAAGUGUCCACAGGCAGCAUCUCCAUUCCCUGGCAGAACGAGAUGAUAGAGACAGAAUGUUUUGCCGAGCUAAAUGUUUUCUACCCGGACGGGACCGUUCCCCCUGACCUGGACUGGCGAGGACAGCCGUCCCCGCCGCCCAAACAGGGACUCCUGCAGCGGCUGUUUGGCAGACAGGACUGCUGUGGCAACUGCAGUGACAGCGACGAGGAGCCAACCAGGCUGUGACACACACACACAGACACACACACCACAGAUACCAUUUCCGUUUACAACUUUUUGCACAUUUAUAUUUUAAAAAAGAUAGUCUAUCUCUAAAUGUCAGAAUGUAUUUUCAGCAUAGCCAUAAUGUUUAAAUGUUAUUUAAAAGAGUGUAAAAUAUCAGCCGAGACUCGUGGGAUUUAUUUUUCAUCCUCUCUCCCUGCUGGCUCCAACUGGAACAUUGGCUGGCCUGCUGUAAAAGUGCCUUGCCGGAGGGCACAGUGACAGUGCUUACUAGAGAGGGCGGAGCCUUUCCCAAUUUUGUCCAGGGAAUAAAACUAGUGACUUUUAAAAAAAUGUAACCUCUUCACUUCGCUCCGCGGUGACCAACCUUUGCUCUUUAUUUUUUUGCCAUUUUAUUUCUUCUAAUUAACGCUCCUUAAAGUGUGUCAUGAAGUCGUCUGCAGAUGUUUUUAUAGAAAUAUACUUUUUUUCCAACAUGGAGAGAAUUCUUCUUGUCAGUUUGAUAUAUCCAACGGGAUGCAACUGUACAGAAUGUGUCUAUUAAGCCUACUUUGCUCAUGUUUGUUUGUUUAAAAUAUGAACUAGUUGGACUGUGAGAAUGAAGACAUUGUCACCUCACUGUAUGACUUGCAACGCAUUUUCGACGGCCAUAGUUCUGACAAAAGCACAUUCUUUUUUUGAGGAUGCUAUGAAAAAAAACAAAAAAAACUUGAUGUACUUAUAUGUAAAUUAUGUUUAUUAUAGCUGGCAAGUGACCACAAAAGACAUGACAGUGUUAGGGUCUCACACACACACAAACACACACACACGCACACACACACACACACACAAAAAAGUCAUUCAUUUUCACUGAGUGAACUGACUUUCACUUUCACGGAGUAAAGUUUUCUUUUAUCAAAAAAAACAAACAAACAAAAAAAAACAGGAGUGAGUACAAAAAUAAAUUGAAGGUUUGGCCCCAAAACUUGUAAUAUUCUGAAAAUACCCUCGUAUGAGUACCAGUAGGUAGGAUUUUUCAGAGGAAACAAAAUAAGCUUGUUAUAUUAUUACUUGUAUUUUGUUGCAAUGAUCCAAAAGUCCACUCUAAAUAUUAUGAGAUAAAGUUGUAUUUUUAUGAAGGGGGAAAAGAUGUACUUCAGAAGUGAAACAAUUUUUUUUUUCCCUCUGGACUUUUUUAGCAUAAAAUGCAAUUGCAUUUUUUUUUCUCGUAAUCCAACAUUAUUGUCAUAAUAUUGCAACUUUUUACUCACAUUUACACUUUAUUCAUGAAUAUGAAGCCCUUUUUAUUGUUAUAUUACAACUUCAUUAUCUUUAAAUGACCCUUUUUUUCUUAUAACAUCACCGUUUUCUUGUAAUAUUUUAGUAAUGCUUUAAUUUUCUUCUGGAAAUAAGACUUUUUUUGUUUGUUUUCUUCAGUGUGGACAAUAUUUGUACAGCACUAUGCGAGCGUGCGUGUGUUGCUGUCUGGUCAUAUGUAGUGCAGCCACUAGAGGGGGUCAGUGUGUUGAACAUAUCUGCAGGUAGUGUGUCACUGUCAUCUUUCUCAGGAGGACAUUAACGUCUUUGUCAUUCAAUGAUAACAUUGAAAAGUGAAAACACGUGUAUAAGCUAUAAGAUGUUUGACAGUCGAUGCUCCAGAAAGUCCCCACACAAAAGAAAGGCUCCGCUAAGUAUUCGAACCCUGGACUCAUAUGGGGCAUGUCUACAGAAAGGAAAGUGGCUUCCUCGAUGACAACGGCCUUGAUUUGAACAUAUUCAUAUGAUGAGCUGGGAAUGUGAGCAGACUGCAAUGUACAAUUCACUGUAAAGUAAUUGCUCUUA